AAAGGGCUUCGCCGUUCUCGGAGAGCCACAGAACCCGGGCCACAGGCAGCUCCCCGCCAGCUCUCCUCCUCGCACAGCCGCCCUACCCGCCUGCUGAGCCCCAUGGCCCGCGCCGCGCUCUCCGCCAUCCCCAGCAAUCCCCGGCUCCUGCGGGUGGCGCUGCUGCUCCUGCUUCUGGUGGCCGCCGGCCGGCGCGCAGCAGGUGGGUCCCGGCGCCCUUGGGGUCCCCGGGCCGGAUGCGGCUGGGGUGGGCGCCCCGCGCCGACAGCUUCGCUCAAUCACCGAGUCUCUUCUUCCCUAGGAGCGCCCAUGGCCACUGAACUGCGCUGCCAGUGCUUGCAGACCCUGCAGGGAAUUCACCUCAAGAACAUCCAAAGUGUGAACGUGAAGUCCCCCGGACCCCACUGCGCCCAAACCGAAGUCAUAGCCACACUCAAGAAUGGGCAGAAAGCUUGUCUCAACCCCGCAUCCCCCAUGGUUAAGAAAAUCAUCGAAAAGAUGCUGAAAAAUGGCAAAUCCAACUGACCAGAAGGAAGGAGGAAGCUCAUUUGUGGCUGUUCCUGAAGGAGGCCCUGCCCUUAUAGGAACAGAAGAGGAAAGAGAGACACAGCUGCAGAGACCACCAGGAUUGCGCCUAAUGUGUUUGAGCAUCGCUCAGGAGAAGUCUUCUAUUUAUUUAUUUAUUUAUUUGUUUGUUUUAGAAGAUUCUAUGUUAAUAUUUUACGUGUAAAAUAAGGUUAUGAUUGAGUCUACUUGCACACUCUCCCAUUAUAUUUAUUGUUUAUUUUAGGUCAAACCCAAGUUAGUUCAAUCCUGAUUCAUACUUAAUUUGAAGAUAGAAGGUUUGCAGAUAUUCUCUAGUCAUUAUGUUAAUAUUUCUUAGUGAUGACAUAUCACGUCAGCCACUGUGAUAGAGGCUGGGGAAUCCAAGAAAAUGGCCAGUGAGAUCAAUGUGAAGGCAGGGGAAUGUAUGUGUGUCUAUUUUUGUAACUGUAAAGAUGAAUGUCAGUUGUUAUUUAUUGAAAUGAUUUCACAGUGUGUGGUCAACAUUUCUCAUGUUGAAGCUUUAAGAACUAAAAUGUUCUAAAUAUCCCUUGGACAUUUUAUGUCUUUCUUGUAAGGCAUACUGCCUUGUUUAAUGUUAAUUAUGCAGUGUUUCCCUCUGUGUUAGAGCAGAGAGGUUUCGAUAUUUAUUGAUGUUUUCACAAAGAACAGGAAAAUAAAAUAUUUAAAAAUAUAAAA